AUGGAUGCGCAGGCCAGCAUGAAUAACUGGUUGGCGUCGACCCAUGCAGGCGACGAGCAGCCAUUAAACAACCACCGAUAUCCUAACUGGUCAUCACCUGGCAGCAGUAACCAGCGCUCUCCAGGUCAUCGAGAACAUGCCAUUCAGCCGCCGCUGUUGACGACCGCGUUCAACGGCCCUCAGUUCCAGGUUCUUACGGCUGGUCCUGCGUCGACUCCUCUGUCGUCAACUUCACUAUCCAGUCCAUUUACCCACGGCCAAUCUCCUUGCGUUCCGUCCUCUGCCAACGCGAGAUCUGCUCCUUCGCCGGCGAUGGCCUCUCGGCAUCCAUCUGCAUACAAUGUGCCCUACAACCCCCAGGACUGGGGGCCCAUGGGCGGUGCCUCGGCACGGGGCUCAUAUCAGCCAAGUAACAUGCAUCGCGCGGUGCCGCAGCAGAGUACUCAUACUGAUAUGUCUCUGUCACCACCGCCUCCGCCGUAUUCACCCCCAAGCAACCGAAACCGGUUGUCGCAGGAGUCUUUUGGGCGGAAUGCCAACUACGCUACCCCAGCUCCAACACCAACGCAUAAUUCCUUCAGAGAAGAAGGCUCCGAGGUGUCUGGUGAGCCUCAACGACGCUCCAUGCACAGACCUCGGCCAUCAUCUCUAGUGUAUUCGAAUGAACCCGGUUCCCAUCAGCAGUCGUUACCCCCUCCUCCACCUCCACCGCAGGGAUACCCGGGAUCGAGGUCCGUUUCACAAAGUCGGAUCGAUGCAUACCAGGGCCCUUCCUACAGCUCCAAUCCACCCCCCGUCAGAUCUCAACUGUCGAUUUCGGCCUCGCAGUAUGAGCAGGCUUUGCCCUCGCCAGGAUUCAGGGGAAAUGACCCCAUGCAACAAAUCGGCGAUUUAGAAACCCCGACGCGACCUCCUGCGUCCCGCAGAGCUGCCUCUGCCGGCGCCGUGGUAAGCAGCGCAGGAACCUCAAGAUCGGCCAGUCAGUCGAGAAAUUUAUCCCCAACGAACAACUGGGAGCCUGGGAUGCCUCUUCCACCACCGCCCCCUGGUCCCCCUCCUACUUCGCGAUCUCUCAGCGCGAGCGGCUCAUCAGAGUCUUCGUCCAUGAGAAUUCCCCAGGGCCAUGGUAGAGGAAAGGCCAGAGCACCGCCGGCUUUGGGUACUGGGCUUGGGAGUAUCCCACCAACACCAGCUGACUGGGUGGAUGAGGCAUAUUUGAACAGCCGACCAAGCAGGGACAAGGAGCCUUUGUCCAUUGAUACCACGAAAGCGGCGAAGCUACCGGAUCGGACAGACCAUCCAGAUUCCAACGGUUCUUCACAACCAUCCCAAAGAACCCCUGGAAGUGGCGGACUGUUUCGCAGCUCAGCAAUCCGCGACCCCAGCGCCAAAGGCAUUCGUGAAAGGCGGAUCGAACGCCGCAAUCGACAAAGCCUGUCGUAUGAAGAUGCCAGUGUUGUAUCUACGAGCGGCAAUCCCUGGGCUGAUGCCCUGGACCAGGUCAGGCCGUCAAACCUCGUCCUCCCGGAGCCAAACAAUAGCCCAGAUUAUACUCGACAGCCGACAUCGUCCAGGAUCACUCCUCGCAGUACACGCAGCCUUGGCUCAGAUGCUCCGCUUACUACCUCGCGGUCUCGAGCAUCUUCUGCGGGUCUAUUCUCGGAUCAGUCGUCUUAUUCCACGCCCAGGCCAGAGCCGAGCCCGGCAGGCCCGUCGUCGACUGCAUUUGCGCAUACACCCCCAUUCUCGCCUCACGGAGACACCUCUCCGGCAUAUUCUAAAGGAGUAUCCCAGGCAGUCCCACCCAAGGCACUGCCAACCCCUCCGUUGAAUUCUGGGAAAGAUGUUCGAUCACGGUCCCGCGCCGCGUCUCGAGGAGCAGAGGAUCGUCCGAUUUCGCAUCUCCUACAUUUGCCUAACGACUCUGAUUCCAUGAUGCAACCCUUGUCCCCACGUCGGGAUCCGUCACAGCAAAGGCCGCCUGAAUCCAACAUUUCACAAGACUCCAGAUUUGUGCAGGAUGCCAUCCAACGCCACAAAACCUUCAUUCAAAGGGAAGCCAGCGCAGCAGAUGAGGCCGAAUCCUUACAGAUCUUUAUCGAGUUUAUCAUCACAGAAUCUCGGUUUCGGCGCGAGCGAUACGCCAGGGUUUGGGAGUCUGGGUCCCUGGAACUUGAAGCGAUGCACCGCAAGCUGUUUGAAAUGCCUCCCAAUGGAACCGCCACACUUCCACCCUCCCGCCAGCCAACCAAACCAGGGCCGCCGCUGGAGAUACCUCAGAAUCGGCCCAGUCGACCGGAGUCUGGAUGGUGGAACAAUUACCAGCCUUGCCUGUCGCCGAUAGCCAGCAUGAGUAUGAGCAAUGAUGAAAUGAGCUCGCGCGGCCGUGCCCCGAGCCGUUGGUGGGAGUCUAAAACGGGUUCCAGCAGCGAGGGAGCAGAGAGAAAGGUUCAACGGUCCAAGCGGGAAUCAAAGUACAUGGGAUUGCCCCGGGAGGCGAUGCAGUGGGACCAGGAAGUGACUCCUUCGAGAACGGAUGACAAAGGUUUGAAUUACGGACACCAGCCUGCACCCUAUGGGCCCGAUGAAUACCCUCCCGAGAAAGUCGGCUGGCACGAAGAAUCUCCUGUUUAUUCUGGUGCCGAGACAGGAGAUCAUCAUCUUGGGCGAUUGAGGGAAAGUCACAGGUUGGACGUUUCGCGAUUGAUCACCCUGCCUCCACCAUAUCCGCGACAUUACCCUGCCGUGAACAACAGCCACCCGGAUCUAGUGACAUACCGAACCACGGUCCGGUCGAUCACCGAUCUCUCGGGGAUCAAAUCCACCCGACAGCGGUACAAGAACGACGUGGAUACCAUGCUCCAAGAGCAUCGAGAACAAGUACAGGAGGGCCAUCGCCAAUUCAAGUCCAAUAUCCAGAACCAAAUCCAAGAGGGUAGCUUGACAUUCGCGGAGGCUGCAGAGGCAGAGGCAGCGAUGAUUGUCGAGGACAACAAACGCGAAAGGGAUCUUGCUAAACGUCAACUUGAUACCUAUCAGGAGACUGUGCUCAAACCGAUGCAUGCAAUAUUAACCGACCGGGUCAGUCGAGCUACGGCUUGCAUCGACGAGCUGAGCAGCAAGCUGUUUAAUGAUGCCCAGCACGAAACCCCAGACCAGACGCAAGAAGAAGGCGACGGCAAACCCGAGCUGCUGGAGACGUUAACGCAACUGAAAUGGCUAUUUGAAGCCCGCGAGCAGCUCCAUCGCGAGAUGUUUGACUUGAUCAGUGGCCGCGACGAGAAGUACAAGACGGUUGCCCUACUACCAUACCAGCAGAACAAAAACGACGACAAGCUCCGGGAAACCCAAGCGUUCUUCACGCAAGAUGCCUUGGCCCGACGAGCACAGCAUGAGACCGAGACAUGCGAUCGGCUCGAUUCGUUCCUGGAUGUCCUUGAGCAGAAUGUAGUGCGUGGUGUCGAAGUGCAGCUGUCAGCCUUUUGGGACAUCGCCCCGUCGCUGCUGGCGCUAGUGCAGCAAGUCCCGGAGAACUUGCGCGGGUUCCAGGUGCAAAUCCCUGCAGAUGAAUACGAUGAAAACCCGAGCUACCACGCUCAUCCGCUACAAUACUUGUACUCUCUGCUGUCGCACGCAGAGAAAUCAAGCUACCAAUACAUCGAGUCGCAGACCAAUAUGCUGUGUCUCUUGCAUGAGGUCCGGUCAGCCGUGAUGCGUGCGAACCGCAACCUCACCGAGGCGCAACGCAUACAGCAUGGCGAGGAUGAGGGCCAGGUACACCGAGAAAUGCAGGCCACUCGCGCAGACGAAGAACUGGUGCUCACUACCGACUUGAAGGAUAAGGUUGCGACGGUCGAGGGUCAGUGGGCCGAGGCUCUGGGCAGCCAAAUCCAGGGUCUUCGGGAGCGGGUCAAAGACCAGCUUUUGGCCGAGGAUGGCUGGGAGGAUUUGGAGCAAUUGGAACAGUGA